GGACUGCAAUCUGCAUCAGAUUGUGUGGAGGUUGCAGCGUCGUAGUCCCCUGAACACUUCACCGGAUUGUUGUUCAUCUUUAGUGAAUGAACAGGAAUAGUUUACUUUAAACAAUUUAGCAAUACAGUAAAAUACUUGGUAGUCAUCAAAGCAUUAAGGAAAAUUGAAGAAAAGACAAAGGGCGCAAAUGGAACUGGAGCAACCACGGAUAUAUCCGCUAAACUCGUUAGCAAGCCAACUAGCCCGCUGCUAACUUGAUUACAUUGGGACACGAGUAACAAUCAACUGGCUAUGACUGAUAACAAGGAAAGGACAGUCAAAUUGUAAUCCAGAAUGAAUUAUUGAGAAUCAAAUCAAAUGUUUUAGCUACGCAUUUAUUCUUACGAAAGUAUUUUAAUGGAUUGGAUGCGUUCUGUAGAAUUGCUCAACAACAAUAGUUAGCCGGCUAGCUAGCUAAGGUUACUUGCAUGUUGAGUUGGGAAGCUAUCCCGUUAGCCAAAUAACGUUACGUCAUCUGUACAGUAGUUAAUAACUAGACGGUCAGGCAACUACAAGGUGGAUGGACUGUCAUCUGCGUGGGGGUGUUCGUGAAGUUAACGUCAGUUGACUGGGCAGCCCAUUAUUCCUCCUUCGGCUUUUUUCGACACAGUUUAGUAUUACACAUGACAGAAGUGAACAUGGGAGUGUUAUAGGACAAUGGAUAUAGUUAAGUGACAACCGAUAUCUCUGGUACAGUUUAACGGUGGACCACAAUGCAUUAGGUCUGACGUUCUGCUUUCGGACAUAGAACUCUCGGAUUUUGCUGGACCGCUUGCUAACAAGAACUCUAUGACGCGGGCUCAGUCCAUUAUUUCAUUUUUGACUGACCACACAGGUCACCGUUUCCCUAAAGCGUCCACAGCCCUCAUACCAUGGCAGCGGUUGUCAACUACUCACCGCCGUGGUGGGUCAACCUGCUACACCGACUCCCUCAUUUCAACCUUCAAUUCGAACAAACAAGCAGCGAUUUUCGCCCGGAGGACUCGUCCUAUCAACAGUCCAUCCUGCUGCUGGGAGGCGUGGCUCUAGCCUGCCUGGCCCUGGACCUCCUCUUCCUGCUCUUCUACUCCUUCUGGCUGUGCUGCCGGCGGAAGAAGAGCGAGGAGCAGCCCAACGCCGACUGCUGCUGCACCGCCUGGUGUGUCAUCAUCGCCACGCUUGUCUGCAGCGCCGGCAUUGCUGUUGGUUUCUAUGGGAACGGAGAGACCUGUGACGGAGUGAACAGGCUGACGUACUCCCUGCGCCACGCCAACCGCACGGUGGCAGGAGUGCAGAAACUGGUAUCAGACGGCACGGGCUCCCUGAAGCAGACGGUGGAUGGCAGUCUGGGGCAGCUGGAGGGCCAGUACGCCAAGCACACAGACUAUCUGUCUAUCAUUCAGAAGCUGCAGGGCCAGCUGGAUGAGCUGGUGAGGCAGAUGGUGGAGAUCCCCUUCUGGGGCAACAGAGACAUCUCCCUGGAGGAGCUGGCCGUCAACAUCGAGCUCUACGACUGGUACAGGUGGCUGGGCUACUUAGGCCUGCUGCUUUUCAACAUCCUCAUCUGCCUGCUGGUGCUGUUUGGCCUCAUUCGCAACUCCAAGGGAACACUUAUUGGAGUGUGUCUUCUGGGCAUCCUGGCUCUGGUUAUCAGCUGGGCCUCCCUGGGUCUGGAGUUGGCUGUGUCUGCCACCUCCAGUGACUUCUGCGUUGCUCCUGACAUGUUCGUCACCCAAAUGACCGAACAGUAUGGAGUGCUCAAUAAAGACAUUUUGCAGUACUACAUGACAUGCAGUGUGGGCCAAACCAACCCAUUCCAACAGAAGUUGUCCGGGAGCCACAAAGCCUUAGUGGAGAUGCAAGACGACGUGUCUGAGCUGCUCCGCUCGGCCACCAGAGAGUACCCCCAAACUAAGGGGAAUCUAGAACAGAUCCAGGGGGUGCUGAACACCACAGAGAUCGGCCUGCAUCAGCUCACUGCCCUGGUGGACUGCCGAAGCCUGCACAUGGACUAUGUACAGGGUAUAACAGGGUUGUGUUAUGAUGGACUGGAGGGCCUGAUCUACCUGGUGCUCUUCUCCUUCGUCACGGCUCUCAUGUUCAGCUCCAUCGUCUGCAGCCUACCUCACACCUGGAACAACAAGAGGAACGAGGCGGACAGCGAGGAGGAGUCCGUGUCCCACGGAGGCAGACUGCAGAACCACGACAACCUGUACCGCGUCCACAUGCCCAGCCUGUACAGCUGUGGCAGCAGCUACGGCAGCGAGACCAGCAUCCCUGCUGCAGCACACACCGUCAGCAACGCCCCCGUCACAGAGUACAUGACCCAGAAUGCCAAUGCCUUCCAGAACCCGCGGUGUGAGAACACCCCACUGAUAGAGAGAGAGUCCCCUCCUCCCUCGUACACCUCCAGCAUGAGGGCCAAGUACCUGGCCAACAGCGGACCGGGUCCCAUUACCUCCACCCCCGUACCGCCACAGCACCCAUCACAGCACCAAGAACACGAAUCGGCACACCAUUCACGACAGCACACUCCACACCGCCCACCACAUCACCCAGCGGCGCAGCUCUAGACAACACCCUGGGGGCGUGACCCACCAACAGACACGCCAGUGUGGAACCACCUAGCCUCUGGAAACUCUUCUCCAAUGCCCCUCAACAUCUCUGUGACGUCAUCGCCAUCCUCAUCCAGGCUACAGUCCCCAUCUCCUUUCCUCUUCGCUCUUACUAGCCCUCUCCCCCAGCAACAACUUCAAACAUCUGAGCCAAAUAUGUCAUUUGAAGUGUGCUUGAUGGCAGAGCAAAGAAAGGAACGCGCAAGGCAGACGCAUCGUGUAAAUAGUUCUGUCGUCAUUACAAUGUUUUCCGUAGGCCCUUUCAUGAUGUUUCCAGAUGGCCAGUCUGGAGCAGCUAGCCAGUGCAGGGUGAGGGCCAAUGGGAGGUUAUUUCCAGCAUUGUGUGAUCUCUGUCAUCUUCUUCAUGGGCUGCUAGUGGACUGACUGAGUGGUGGCCCUUGUUCCCUUGCCACCGCCUCGCCUCAGUGCUGGGCCACCCUCGGGGCCCAGGGACAAUACAGACUAAUGAGGCAACUGGCCUCCAGCUCUUCGUGAACGAUCUCUGCUCCUUUUCCUCCUCCUCUGUCCUGCUCAGUCCACCAAAUAUCAUCUUGAACGGAGUGAUAUUGUCUUACGUGAGGAUAUACAACAUCUUUUGGUUUUAUUUGUCUGCCACUUGUGGGGUCUUCCUGUAUUUGAUAUUGUAUGAAGGAGACAUCCACCAUCAAAUGGUCUCCAUGUUAACCACUGCAAAAACCACUGGUUAUGGUGCUGUGAAGGAGAGAACACCUGACGAGAUAAUGAAACUAAACUGCCAUUGCUUUGGUGAGGACUGAGAUAGUUAUGGGAAUAUCUAGCACUGAUUACUAUUGAUAGUGAUUUUGUUCAAUGUGUUGCUACGUACUGUUCUCCCUCUCUCUCUCUCUCUCUCAUUGCUGUAGGAGAUGUUGAGCAAUGCCUUACACAGAGAGCUGUGGAAAGGCCUAGAAACUACUGUUCUCUCACACCCUUUUACAGAACUAGGCCUCUGUCAUAGCAAGUUGAGAUCCAGGCACGGUUCCUCAACGGCCGGAUGUACCUCAACAAUACUAUGGCAAUGGUAUGUCUGAAAGACAAAGACCAGUGUUUCUCAAGCAUUCCGUGUGAGUGUUCUUCAUCAUAGUGAAACAUCUCAGUUCCUCAUGUAAUCCUGUUAUCUGGAGGACUGGCAACACGACCAGUAGAACGCCGGAUCGAGGAAAGGGCAUUAACAUCAGUGGUAUUAUCCGUUCCUCAAUCCAUGUGUCUGACGAGAUCACACUGAUAUAUCAUUACUACUGUCUAACCAGCUGAGACUGCUGAUUUCUUAUCCACGUAGGCAUCAGCUUGUUAUUGCAUUUGUCUCAGACUGUGAGUGGGACCAGUUAUCUCGUUUCAUAAUGUCUUAUAGUAGUAGGUCUAUGACUGGAAAAGACUGGGCUUUCUUAACUCUUACAUUAGUCCUGACCUGCAUGUUUGUGGCUGUUGUCCCGUCCCCGUCCCUGUCCCCCUCCCCUAGGGGGAGUGAUACAGUAAG